GAAACCUUUCGGACGGAUAAGUCUACCCUUUACUUAAAUACGUUGAUUGUUCCCCCCCCUUCAGUUAGGGCGUGUAAUCAAGAUGAUUCAAUUAAAGGUGAGUUUGCGAUUCUGUUCGUUUCCAAAAGCGAAAUCUGUGGACUUUUCUUUUUUCUUUUUUUUAACUAAUAAAUAUCCGUCAGACGAUGCUGAAUUGCAUCGACAACUCUGGUGCUGCGGUUGUCGAGUGCGUGAAUGUCUUGAAGAAGAAGCGCCCGGCUACCGUCGGUGACCGAAUCGUUGUGGUUGUUCAGAAACAACGGAAUUUUGGCCCGGAGAGCACGAACAACAGCGGUAUUGCAAACAAAGUCCGUCGUGGAGAUAUCAGACAUGCAGUCGUCGUCCGGGCGAAGAAAGAAAUGCAGAGACCAGAUGGUUCCAUUGUCAAGUUCGACGAUAAUGCCUGUGUGUUGGUGAACAAGUCUGGGGACCCUAUCGGAACAAGAAUGAACGGAGUCGUGGCUACAGAACUACGAGGAAAGCAAUGGUCGAAAAUUUUGUCGUUGGCACCGAUGCAUGUAUAAUAUCCUUAUGAAAGCGAAGCGUCCAUUUACGUAUCUACUCUGUAUCAAUAGAAAUAUCCCUUGAAAACUC